AUGGCGGACGUGGCUGCUCUCCCUGGCGAGGUCAUCGCGCACAUCGUCGCAUUUCUCCGCGAUGCAUCCAGCCUGCGCAUCGCUGCGCUGAUUCAUCCUUCCUUCACUCCCUGGGCACGGGCAACCCGCUUCCGUCAUGUCCGGCUUACGCAAGACAACACUGCUGCCUUCGCGGUGCUGCUCCAGUCUUCGCCCCUCGUUGCAUCAUACAUCCAGCAGCUGGAGAUCGACAUGCCGCUCGUAAACGAUGCAGACUCCGACGCGCUCCCGAUUCCCCUCCCAUCCGAGCAUUUCACACUGUGCCGCAAUCUCCGGGGGCUGACAAGCCAUGGGGACCCGUUCGGCUUCCGACAGCUAGACACAUCGCAGCUGACAGCGCUGCGCGAGGGCAUGCGCGGCUUACGGACACUGGAGCUGACAUUCGCUCGGUUGUACCCGCUGCCCUAUUGGUCGGCACUGCUCGACGCGUGCGAUACUCUGGAGAGCCUGGAGAUCAGGGCCAACAAGCCGAACCAGUGGACAUGGGAGGACAUUCACGUGGCGAUUCCGUCCGUAUUGGGGAGCACACCGAGCGGAAUGCACCUACAAGUUUUGCGGAUUGCGUGCGAGGCACAAGCACUUGCGCCCAUCUCGCAAUGGCUCCUCUCUCGCGAUGCGCUGGACACGCUUGUGGUGCUGGAGCUGAAUAUCUACUGCAUUGAUAGGCCGAUAGAGGAUGCAUUGGGUGCCUUGGUCAGAGCUGCGAUGUGCUCAGUCAAGGAACUUCGGCUCCACUUGGACGAUGGCCUCCGUCUCGAGCACGACAAGAAUACGCCACUCACAGCUGCCUCGUUUCCGCUGCUACGCACACUGCGUGUCCGCGUGGGAGAACUAGCUACCACACUCGAAUGGACGGCUGCAUUUCUCGGCUCUCAGGCACCGCAAGCACACCGUUCCGUGCUUGAACGCAUCACCAUCGACGACUGUAUACAGCGUCACAGGCUCGAGGCGACGUCUGUGGCAUCGUGGGCAGCACUCGACGACGCGCUGGUCGUAGCCGCGCUCCCAAGCCUUGUCGCCCUCAGCUUCACGCACCCACCAGCGGGACACGAGGAGGCUUCUGAAACGCAGUUAAACUUCGCCAGCUAUAUAGCCAGCAGAAUGCCGCGAUUGGCGGGGUCCAAGAGUCGGAUACGGCUGCAGUUCGAUGAGGAGGUCGACGAGAGAGAGGCUGAAAUCUUGAUGUCCCGGGUGACAUGUGUGGUUUUUUGA